GUCGCAAGCGCGUUUUUUGGGGUUUUACCGUCGAUUUUACAAUGAGGGCGUUAAUACUAAUCGGGGGUUUCGGAACGCGGUUAAGGCCACUUACUCUAAGUGUGCUUAAACCACUGAUCGAGUUUUGUAACAGACCUAUGUUAAUGCAUCAAAUUGAGGCACUGGCUCAUGUCGGAAUUAAAACAAUUAUACUUGCUAUUAACGAAGAAGCCGCUUGCUUGGAAAGUGAAAUUCGAAGAAUGUGCAAGAUGGUUACGAAAAGAUUAAACGUUAAUGUUAUAUUUUCUUAUGAAUCUGAUCACCUUGGAACUGCUGGUCCUUUGGCUAAUGCUGCGCAUUUACUAAACGAUUCUGAAGAACCUUUUUUUGUUCUCAAUAGCGACAUCGUUUGUAAAUAUCCCUUCGAGAAACUAAUGGAAUUCCACAAGUCUCAUGGUCGCGAAGGCACGAUGGCAGUUACCAAAGUGAAAGAGCCAGGACGAUUCGGUGCUGUAGUAUUUAAUGAUCAAUCGGGUGCUGUCCAAAGAUUUGUUGAAAAAUCUCCUGAUUUCAUUGCCAAUAAGGUUAAUGCCGGUCUUUAUGUAUUUAAUCCUUCUAUCCUCAAAAGGAUCGAGUGUAAACCUAUGUCACUUGAAGUGGAUAUAUUCCCCAGAAUGGUUGAUGAUGGAAUUUGGAUGGAUAUUGGUCGGCCUGAGGAUUUCCUUUUAGGUACUCAUAUGUAUCUAGAGUAUUUGAGAGUUAACGGAAAUCUUGAGCACCGUGACCCUCCCGAGUUCCUUGGAAAUGUUCUCAUACAUCCCUCCGUUAAAAUUGGAUCGGAAUGCGUGAUAGGCCCGGACGUAACUCUUGGACCUGGUGUUUGUAUAGAAGACGGAGUUCGGAUACAAGACUCAGCAAUUCUUAGUGGAGCGAUUAUUCGAUCCCAUUCCUGGUUAGAUGGGAGCAUUGUUGGCUGGAAUUCGGAUGUGGGACGUUGGACGCGUUUGGAAAAUGGAACAGUUCUGGGCGAGCGCGUUCGAGUGAAUGAUGAAGUCUACCUCAACGGAGUCCUGGUGCUUCCUCACAACCUUGUAACCACCUCAGUUCAUGAACCAUCAGUCAUUCUAUAG